AUGAGAUUAUUUCAAUGUAUAACUAAUUUUCCGUUACGAUUAUUUUAUCGUUAUGCAAGUAAUACUCGUUUGCAAGUAUUUCAAAAUGCUGUACAAAUUGUUGAUCCACAACGUAUUCGAAAUGUUGGGAUUAUUGCACAUAUUGAUGCAGGAAAAACAACAACAGUUGAACGUAUGUUAUAUCAUGCUGGAUUUAUUCGAUCAAUGGGUAAUGUUGAUGAUGGAAAUACAACAAUGGAUUAUAUGGAACAGGAACGUGAACGAGGUAUUACAAUAACAUCAGCUGCUAUUACAAUACCAUGGAAUAAACAUCGUAUCAAUCUCAUCGAUACACCCGGACAUGUGGAUUUUACAAUUGAAGUUGAACGAUCAUUACGAGUACUUGAUGGAGCUGUGACAAUUCUUGAUGCAUCUGCUGGUGUUGAAACUCAAUCAUUAACUGUUUGGCGACAAGCGAAUCGAUAUCAUGUACCACGUUUAAUUUAUAUUAAUAAAAUGGAUAAACCAACAGCAAAUUUAUCAAUGUGUCUUGAUUCAAUACGAGAAAAAUUUGGAGUUGAACCGAUACUUCUACAUACUCCUCUUGGACAAGGAAAACAAUUUACUGGUAUGAUCGAUCUAUUCAAUGAAAUAAUAAUUCCAGCAAAUAACUCUUCCAAACCUCCAUCUGAACUUCUUACUAAUGACCGAACAAAAUUAAUUGAAAAAUUAGCUGAUAUUGAUGAUGCUAUUGCUGAACUUCUCUUGUUCGCUGAUAAACCAAUUUCAACUAACCAAUUAAUACAAGCUAUUUGUCGUCUAAUGGUUAAUCAUCAACGUUAUGUACCUGUACUUGUAGGUAGUUCAUUAAAAAAUAUUGGUGUUCCAACUUUACUCGAUGCUAUUGUUAAUUAUCUUCCAAGUGCAAGAAUAAUUCCAACAUCAUCAUCAAAUACUGAUACUUUAAUGUAUAUUUUUAAAACAAUUCAUGAUCGACAAAAACAACCUUUAUCAUUUGCACGUGUUUAUUCUGGUUCAGUUAAAAAACGAAUGGUAUUAACAAAUGCACGAACAAAUGAAAGAGAACAAAUCAAUAAAGUUUUUCUACCAUUUGCUGAUAAUAUGGAAGAUAUUGAUGAAAUUCGAGCAGGAUCUAUUGCUGUUCUUAGUGGAUUCAAAGAGGCAUCAAGUGGUGAUAUACUUGUUUCAAAUAGAAAAUCAACUAUUGCUACUCAUUUAAAUGAUCUUAAACAACAAUAUCCAUUUUUACCUGAUCCUGGUUUAGAAGCUCCACCACCUGUAUUCUUUUGUACAAUAGAAACCUAUUCUGAAAGUACACAAAAACAACUUGAUUUUGCAUUGAAAAAUAUAAAACGUGAAGAUCCAUCAUUACGUGUUCGUAUCGAUGAUCAAACAGGUCAAACAAUACUUCUAGGUAUGGGAGAAUUACAUAUUGAUAUUAUACGUGAUCGAUUAAAACGUGAAUAUGAACUUGAAACUUAUCUUGGUCCAUUAAAUGUUAAUUAUCGUGAAACACCAAGAAAAUCAACUCAACAAACAAUUGUUUGGAAUUCAUCAAUUAAUGAAAAACAUGCAACAAUUUCUAUAACACUUUCGAUUGAACCCAUCAUUUCACAAGAUAAGAAAAUUAUAUCAUUUUCACAAAUUCAAAUAGUACGAAGUGAUGAACAAAAUUUUGAGAAUUUGAAAAAAGAACAUGUUGAAGCAAUUAAUCAUGGUAUUCGUCUUGCUUUAUCAACAGGUCUUAUUAAAGGUACUGAAGUAGUCAAUAUUCAUGUAAAAUUACAUGAUCUUCAAUUAACUGGAUUUAUAUCACCAGCACUUUAUUCAGCAGCAGCUUCUGAUUGUGUUCGAGCAUGUCUUCGUCAUGCUGAUUGUACUCUUCUUCAACCAAUGAUGCGUGUUGAUUUGGUUUGUGUAGCUGAUCGUACACAAGUUGUACUAGAAGAUUUAGCAAGAAGACAUAGUCAAAUUAUUGAUGUACAACAAGGUACUAGUGGUAGUGUACAAAAUUCUAUGAGUACAAUAAUAACAAGAACUCCAUUAGCAGAAUUAAUUGGUUAUAGUUCAACAUUACGAACAUUAACUAGUGGACAAGCAGAUUUUACACUUGCUAUUGAUGGUUAUGAACCUGUGCUAAAUCUUUAA